CGUGGCCUGGGGGGCAAUGGCGGCGCUGCGCGUGCUCGUGGGGGUGAAGCGCGUCAUUGACUUCGCCGUCAAGGUGCGGGUGGCGCCCGGCGGGGGCGCGGUGCAGACGCAGGGCGUGAAGCAUUCGCUGAACCCGUUCUGCGAGAUCGCCCUGGAGGAGGCCGUGAGGCUGCGCGAGGCGGGCACGGCCUCCGAGGUCAUCGCUGCCAGCCUGGGCACCAAGGCCAGCCAGGAGACGCUGCGCACGGCCCUGGCCAUGGGCGCCGACCGGGCCGUGCUGGCCGAGCUGGGCGAGGGCGCGGCCGCGGGGCCCCGCGAGGUGGCCACGGCCCUGGCGGGGCUGGUGCGGAAGCUGCAGCCGCAGGUGGUGCUGCUGGGCAAGCAGGCCAUCGAUGACGAUUGCAACCAGACCGGGCAGCUCCUGGCCGCCAUGUUGGACUGGCCGCAGGGCACCUUUGCCUCGCGGGUGCAGCUGGAGGCCGGGCACGUGCUGGUGGAGCGCGAGGUGGACGGGGGCCUGGAGACGCUGCGGCUGCGGCUGCCGGCCGUGCUGACGGCGGACCUGAGGCUCAACGAGCCCCGCUACGCCACCCUGCCCAACAUCAUGAAAGCCAAGAAGAAGCCCCUGGAGGUGAUCCCGGCGGCCGAGCUGGGGGUGCCCGCGGGCCCCCCAAGGCUGAAGGUGCUGCAGGUGCAGGAGCCGCCCCCCAGGGCCGGGGGGGAGAAGGUGGAGAGCGUCGAGAGCCUGGUGGGGAAACUGAGGCACGCCGGACGAAUCUGACACACCAGUAUCACCCAGUUCAUCCCAGUAACGCCCCAGUGCCAUCCCAGUUCAUCCCAGUUCAUCCCAGUGCUGUACGGGGGGCAGAGCAUCGAGAGCCUGCUGGGGAAACUGAGGCACGCCGGAAGAAUCUGACACACCAGUGCCUCCCAGUUCAUCCCAGUAUAACCCAGUUUGUCCCAGUAUAACCCGGUUCAGUCCAGUGAUGGCCCAGUGCCAUCCCAGUAACCUCCCAGUGUUGGGGGAGCCAGCACCAGUAAGAACCAGUUCAUCCCAGUUCAUCCCAGUUCACCACAGUGCCUUCCCAGUUCAUCCCAGUUCAUCCCAGUUCACCUCAGUGCCUUCCCAGUUCACCCCAGUUCCCUCCCAGUCUGGCCCAGUUCCCCCCAGUGCCUUCCCCCCACCCCAAUAAAGGCGUGGCCAGUCCAUGA